AUGAGUAAAGAUGACUACAUUAGAAAAGUUUAUGACCACCUCUUCAACAACAAAUAUUACGCAAAAAUGAAAACUGACCCUAGCAAAGACCUUAAAACUAAUAUCAACGGUUUCAUAGAAAUUUCUCUAUGUCGCCACAACAUAAACAAAAACACGGCCAAAUUUAUAACACCACCUGAAAACACUAGAAUGCCCCUAUUUUACAUACUGCCAAAAAUUCAUAAGGAUGGCAUUCCAGGACGACCAAUAGUUUCAGCCGUUAACUCUAUAACUGAAAAUAUCUCAGAAUUUUUAAAUCUUUGCCUGCAACCUCUCUUACCAAAAUUAAAAUCCUAUGUAAAGGACACCAAACAUCUAAUACAACGGUUACAAACCAUACCGGCACAAAAUGAACACGUUUUACUUGUAUCAGCAGACGUAUCCUCACUUUACACCAAUAUCCCUCAUCAAGAAGGAGUUGAUGCGUGUAUUCAUUUCAUUAGAAAAUACAGAAACACACUGCCUUCAUUCACACCCAAUGAACAUGUAAUACGAACGUUGUUUUCGUUUAUACUGGAAAAUAACUAUUUCAUGUUCCUAAAUGAAAUAUAUCUGCAGUUACUUGGCACAGCCAUGGGUACGAAGGUGGCACCACCAUACGCAUCAUUAUUCCUGGGUCUUUUUGAGCAGGUGUUUAUUUUCGAUAAGUUUCCAAAUUUAAUCACUAUAUUUCUUCGUUUCCUAGACGACAUAUUCUUCAUAUGGGAACACAGUGAAGAAGAACUACACAAAUUUUUCACAUAUCUAAAUUCAAUACACCCUACAAUAAAAUUGACCUAUGAGUAUUCAACAGAGGAAAUUAGUUUUUUGGAUACGACUAUCUAUUUAGAUAAACGCUCGAGAAAACUCAAAACCAAAUUAUUUAUAAAACCAACUGACAGCAGAGCACUAUUACAUUUUACGUCGUAUCACCCUCACCAUACCAAAAGGGGUAUAAUUUAUUCGCAAGCACUCCGCUAUCGCAUGAUAACAAUUCAAGAUAGCAUUUUAAAAUGUGAGCUCGAUGAACUUAAAAGUAUUUUGCUGACCAGAGGAUACAAAGGUCGGCUUGUUGAUGAAAUAUUCGGGAAAAUCGCCAAAUUAAAACAAUCAGACGUACUUUCUAACUCCACGCACAAGUUUAAUAAAAAACGAAUACAUUUCAGAACCGCUGACAAUAGUGGUGAUGCUGACAGAGACCAAAACAAAGACAAACACAUUCUACCUUUUAUUUUACCUUACCACGAAAAAUUUACAACGCUUAAACGAAUACUACACAAGUAUUGGUUUAUAAUUGAGAGCGACCCUGCUCUGCGACUCGUUUUUCCAACCAAACCAUUCUUGACUUUCACCAAGCAUAAAAAUAUACAGGAAUAUUUAAUCAGAGCAAAGAUGAGAUCUGCUGACCACUGCCUUUCAAUAUAA